AUGAAACUUGCAAAAUAUUUUUCUCUUUUUUCAAAUAUUUUUUGCGAUGAGAGACCAAAUGUAAUCAUUUUGAUUGCAGAUGACUUUGGAGUUGGGGAUUUCAGAGUAAAUCAAGCGAGAGGAAAAGUCCCGACGCCGAAUAUUGAUAGAUUGGGGACAGAAGGAGUCAACUUCAAGGAUGCUCAUGCUGGUUCAGCUCGUUGCGGACCGAGUCGAUACAUGCUCAUGACAGGCCGAUAUUCCAUGCAACAGGGCAAGAACCGAAUUCUAAAAGCCGGCCGCGAACCCCACCUCGGCCAAAUGUUCAAAAAAGCGGGCUACACGACUGGAAUUUUCGGAAAAUCGCAGCCGCUGAAAACUGAAACGCUCAAUAUGGACCAGACGCCUGAAGAACGAGCCGAACAAAGAAGAAAGGUUCUAGAAUGGAAGAAAAUUAGCUAUAAAAAUCCGCAAAGCAGAACUCCUGGAGAUGAGAAAAGGCUUUAUCAAGUUCCGGGAAAUUAUACGAAACCGGUUUCGGAAGUAAAAGAUUUUGACUACGACUAUUCAUUUACCUCAGGCUCCCCUUGCUGCCAACCAAACGGAUAUUUCGAAAACGGUCUCCAAACUGAGCCCUUUACUGAAUGGGCUAUUCAACGGACCUUCCCGGAAGGCUCUAUUCGAAACGAUACUGCCAGGAUUAACAGAGAAGAAUUUGGGGUCGGGGCUUACGUUGCUGCUCCCUGGUUCGAGGAAGAAACUUUUGGGGAGGUUCUGAUGGGCAACUAUCCCAGAUCGAUGGUCGCGCAAAAAAACUACGAUUCUAGAACGAUGGACGAGGUCGUUUCCAACAAGCUUUUCGAUUUCAUCCGCUCGCAAGAAGCCUCCACCACUCCUUUCUUCACCUACUACGGGAUGCGUUCUGGUCAUCGUCCUUUCAACUCCCCCCUUCGCUUCCGAAACACGACCGAAGCCGGUGUCGUUGGAGACAUGAUCGCCGAGGCAGACGACAUCGUCGGAAAUCUCUUCAAAACCCUGGAAGAAACGGGCAAAAUCCACAAUACUUUGAUUCUGCUCAUGUCGGACAACGGAGCGGACCAUUCCAGCGAGUUCAACAGAAUUCUCUACAAUCACACUCAAAAUGCCAUCGACCUUGGAGGCGAGCACUGGCAAUUGAAGGGGUUUAAAAACUACAACUGGGAAGGAGGUCAUCGAUUGCCCUUCAUGUGGUGGUACCCAAAGCAGUUUCCGGCGAAGACAGUGGAGGACAAAGUCGUCUCCUAUGUCGAUGUUUUCAGAACUCUUUCCGACAUCAUCAACUACUCCCCCUCCUGCAACGAAGGGCCCGACAGCCGCUCCCUCCUCCCUCUUCUGACCGGCGCCUCUGAUGAGAUCAAAGGACCGCAGUGGAUCAUGACUCAUGCCGUCUACCAAGGAAUUCAAUCGAUCAGAUGGAACAAGUGGAAACUCAUCCCGGAAAUUUCCGAGUUUUAUAAUCUCGAGCAAAAUCCAGACGAAACUGUUAAUCAGUUUGAGAAAGAAUGGGCAAAGCCGAUCAUCGCCAGACUUCAAAAUAAACUCGAUGAGAAUUUGAGGUUGAUAGAAGAAAGAGAAGAAAAAACUGACUACGGAAGACUUAAUCUUUGCUUUCCUUUAAAAUGGGCAUAA